GAGAACGACUUGUGGCAGUUUGAGAAGGAAAUUGCCGAGUAUUGGGACCGGGCCAAGCAGUUGACGAGGACGUCAACUUCUCAAGUGGGGGAGGUCUGUUAGCCCCCUAAAAAUUUUUCUCGCUAGCACACGCCUUGGUGGCCAAUGCCGGGCGUGCAAGCGGGUGGAUGUGAGUUCCUGCCCAAGGCACUUGAGUUAGUGCAACGGCCCUUAUGUAGGAAUGUGGGAUAAUCAUGCGAGACGGUUAAGUGGGAACCCGAGCUGAGAUAAACAAUAUUGCCGCACGGCCCCGGGUGCAAUCCAGAGGCAAGGUUUGCCAGAAGGAGCUGGGAGCUUCUAGAACCGUGGGACCCGUUUCGUACACUGUGGACAAAUGCAUAUCGGCCAAGUUGUAGGCUUGCAUGUUGAAGUUGCUGCCAAGAUGUACCAUUGCAUGUUGUAACCUUGUAGCCCAAUGCAUGUUAGGCAUUUGGUGUAAUGCUUGUAAGGGUAUUCCCUCCCCAUUCUUGUAUAUAUAGGGGGCCUUGGCUCAUUUGAAGGUAUAGAGAGUUGAGUUGUAAGCCUUCUUGAGUUAGAGAGCCUUUCCUUGUGUUUUGAGUAAUAAUACAAGGUUGAGCCGGUUUUCAGCUUGUACUUCUUGAGUCCCUUUUAUUUCCGUUUCUACUUUGUCCCUUGUUUUCUCGGUUAAGUCCCUUGUUUUCUCGGGAAGCCGGGCUGUCCCGAGUGUACCGGGUUUCUUCGGUCCCGUUCUGUUUGCCGGUUAACGUUUCCCUGCAUUUCUCGGUAAGGUGAGUGCUUACCCGAGUCUUCCUGCAUUUCUCGGUUAGCUUGAGUGCUUGUGCCGGGGCUUUGCUGCAUUUCUCGGUAAGGCCGGUUGCCUGCCCUGAGUUUUGCUACGUUUCUCGGUCAAGUUGGCUGCUUGUUCCGGGUACUCUGAUUGCCGGAUCUUGUUGAGUGCUUUUCCCGGGUUGAGGCGUGUAGUUGUCCCGGGCUUCUUGUGCAGAGAAAGAGGACCGGUGAUAAUUCUGAUAUCAGAACAAAAAUAAUAAAUAAUUUUUUCUUUUUCUUGAAGAGAAGAUUAAAGUUUACAUUAUACAAGGUUUACAUUCUUCCAUAAUAUCAUCACUAUCAUAACUUCUACAUUAGCUUUGAAUCUACAAAACUCUUAAUUUAGACUAAAUAACGAACAACAACUAUUUGCUAUCUUCGCGAUCAACCCGCUUGCUACCAUGCUCGCCUAUUAACCUGAAACAUGAAAGGUAAAACAUAAAGGAUGAGCUAGCGCUCAGUGAGAUUUUCUCAAUUCUAUUCUACUAAUAUAUACACAUACAAUUCACGCACAUUCCAAUAUUAAAAAAAGUUUUCAAAAUAAACAUUCAAAACAGCAUUCCAUAUUUAAACAAAACCUUACUAUCAUAAGGGAUUCAAUCAAGUUAUGCACACUUUUUCAGAUUAGGCUAAAAAUGUCAUUAAUCAUUACUAGCCUUGCUACUUGCCAAAAAGUUAGGUAAAGGAUUAACAGUUUAACUCCUUUUCACUACUUUUCUCAUUUUAACCCCCCAAAACAUUUCACCCUUACCAACCACCCAUCUUUUCUGAUUUGUACAUUAACUUCUAUUUUUCUUUUUCCUUUUUUUUUCCCCUCCGAUUCAUUCAACCACCUCCAGCCACCGGCUGUCCCCACUUGGACCUCCCCACCAAAAACCUCCUUAUAAAACCCCCUUCUCAUUUCUCCUCCGGUCUCUUCAGGUACCACCCAUUUCCCUAUAAUAAAGGUACCACCUAACUCAUUCACACGCUCACAAAAUCUGCACGGAAACACACGCGCCGCCGCCGCUUCUUCUUUCAUCAUUUUUGUCAUCAAUGGCGUUAACAAACUCCCAUAGUUCCCUUCUGCCUAACAAGGCACUUGUUCCCCAUUCCCAGCCUCUCUUGCCCAAGGCUCCUAAUUUUUUCUCCACCCCUUUAAAGCCCGCCGUCAGAUUCAUUGAGCCAAUCUCAGCCGUCCAUGCAGCCGACAAGCCGCAGAAACCGACUCCGCCUUCCGCCACCACUUCCUCCGCCGUCCCGACGGUGUCUAAAUCCGCCGUGAAGACGUCAGAAACCAAAUGGACGCCAGAAAGCUGGAAGACCAAGAAAGCCCUUCAGCUCCCGGAAUACCCGGAUCAAGCGGAGCUCGAAUCGGUGCUCAGGACUCUGGACGCUUUCCCGCCGAUUGUGUUCGCCGGAGAGGCCCGGAGCCUUGAGGAGAAGCUCGCCGAGGCGGCAAUGGGGAAUGCGUUUUUGCUCCAAGGAGGGGAUUGUGCGGAGAGCUUUAAAGAGUUCAAUGCUAAUAACAUCAGGGACACUUUCAGGAUUCUUCUUCAAAUGGGUGCUGUUUUGAUGUUUGGCGGCCAAAUGCCCGUCAUAAAGGUAGGAAGGAUGGCUGGUCAGUUUGCAAAGCCAAGAUCAGAACCAUUUGAGGAGAAGGACGGUGUCAAAUUGCCAAGUUACAGGGGUGACAAUGUGAACGGAGAUGCAUUUGACCUAAAGUCAAGAACUCCUGACCCUCAGAGAUUGAUUCGGGCUUACUGCCAAGCUGCAGCUACUUUGAAUCUCCUGAGGGCAUUUGCCACUGGUGGUUAUGCUGCUAUGCAAAGGGUUACACAAUGGAACCUGGAUUUCACGGAGCACAGUGAGCAGGGUGAUAGAUACCGUGAACUAGCUCACCGGGUGGAUGAGGCUCUUGGAUUUAUGGCUGCUGCUGGACUCACCAUGGACCACCCCAUCAUGACAACAACCGAUUUUUGGACAUCUCAUGAGUGCUUGCACCUUCCAUAUGAACAGUCACUAACUAGAUUGGACUCAACAUCUGGUCUGUACUAUGAUUGUUCGGCUCAUUUUCUUUGGGUCGGGGAGCGCACCAGGCAGUUGGAUGGAGCUCAUGUUGAGUUCUUGAGAGGUGUUGCUAACCCCCUCGGAAUUAAGGUAAGCGACAAGAUGGAUCCGAAUGAGCUAGUCAAACUCAUUGAGAUCUUGAAUCCUCAAAACAAAGCAGGAAGAAUCACAAUUAUCACCAGAAUGGGAGCAGAGAACAUGAGGGUGAAGCUUCCUCACUUAAUCAGGGCAGUCAGGAGGGCAGGUCAAGUUGUUACCUGGGUUAGUGAUCCUAUGCAUGGAAACACUAUCAAAGCACCUUGUGGUCUAAAAACUAGACCUUUUGAUGCUAUCAGGGUAAGUUGAUCCUAUUCAUCUUAUCUUACGACUUACGGUGUCCUAUAAAGUAAAUGAAAUGAAAAUGUGGAUUAGUUAAUAAAUUAAGAGUGCUGAAUUGAAGCUAGUAGAUAUUAAUUCCCAUGAAGGAUCAAUGAAGUUAGGUAUAAUGAUGGAAUGCAAAGAAGUUUCUGCUAGAACUUACAAUAAUUUUGUGAAAUGGAUUUGUUUUUAAAGUCAAACCAAAUUCUGUUUUGGGACAUUAAAGGGCCUUUCAAUGUUUGCCUUCAUCUUGCUUCCCUCCUUCCAAUUUCAAUUCAAUCUUGUAAGAACCAUGUUGCCCUGAGCUGGUUUAAGUGAACUGAUAGAUGUUGUUACCAUACGUUCUUUUUGUCACUGAUUGGGCUGUGAUCAGGAAAUCAUGUCAUCCUUGCAAUUAUAUCACACUGGACCAGUAUUAAUUAUUGUCCUUUUUUGAAGGGUCAUUUUUUCCCUGGACCAGUAGAUUCACAUGGUUGAUUAAGUUGUACCAAUCCUUUGGUAGUUGUACUUGUUCUGCCAAAUUGAAUUUUUGAAUCUGGUUAAUACCAGUUAGGUUGAUCAUUUAGACUUGGAACAAGAAUCUAAUGGCAUGUAGUUACUUGAUUUUUAAGUUACCAAGAACAUCAAUGUAGUGGAAACAUUCAAACAAUCUUCAUCCUGGAUCCCGGGAUUUGGUAUGGAAUUUAAUCGUUGCCCGUCAUUAUCAGUAAGUUGGUUUGGGGCCAUAAGACUCUUUGUUGCUUGAGAAUAUCCUCUUUAGUGCUCUUUUAUGCUGUAUGGAAACAAAGGGAAAACUUAUUUGUCGUCUUUUUUGUCAUCUAUUUAUGGAGUAGAAAUGGCUUUGUAUUCCAUCAAUUUGGGAUUUGUUCCUGAAAAAUUCAACUUGUCUGCAACAGGCAGAAGUGAGAGCAUUCUUCGAUGUCCAUGAGCAAGAAGGCAGCCACCCAGGUGGAGUACAUUUGGAAAUGACUGGUCAGAAUGUGACCGAAUGCAUUGGUGGAUCACGUACCGUUACCUUCGAUGACCUGAGCUCACGCUACCACACGCACUGUGACCCAAGGCUGAAUGCUUCACAAUCACUUGAACUUGCAUUCAUCAUUGCAGAGCGCUUGAGAAAGAGGCGGCUUGGAACUCCAAAGGCUCUAGCGUUGUAAUAUGGUUAAUUAUUUUGAGGUCAUCCUUUUGUUCUUGAAAAAUGUUGUAUCAAUGUAUUUUAAGUAUUUGUUUCUUUCCUUGAAAACCAAAAAGGGUAAGUAUUGUACUGUGUUCAUACUUGAAGAGGUAGAUGGUUUGAGGUUUUGAUGAUGAUGAAGAAAAUUUCAAUAAAGCAAGAAGCUUUUAUCCCUACUAUUCAUUUUGGUAGCCUUAACUUGUAUUGUGCCACUGCAUUCAAUUCUCCUUUUCCGAAGACUAUCAAACAAUACAAAGA